GUUCCUUCAACUGUGACAUAAAAUUCACCGCGCCGGCCCCAGAAAUGACAAAAAACUGGAUCAUGUUUUUGCUCUUCUUGUCGGUUACUAUGUUUUUGGCCACUGCUGUACCAUCUGAGGGGCAUCAGAACAUCACAGAGGACUCCUCGCAACUGAGUGUCACACGGAAUAAAAUCAUGACAGCACAGUAUGAAUGCUACCAGAAAAUUAUGCAGGAUCCUAUUCACAGGAAAGAAGGUCCCUACUGUAACAGGACAUGGGAUGGCUGGUUGUGCUGGAGUGAUGUUGCUGCUGGAACUGUGUCAGUGCAGCGCUGUCCCGACUACUUUCAGGAUUUCAACCCAUCAGAAAAAGUUACGAAGAUCUGUGACCCAAAUGGGAACUGGUUUAGACACCCCGAAAGCAACAGGACGUGGACAAACUAUACUCAGUGUAACAGCUACACACAUGAAAAAGUGAAGACGGCUCUGAACUUGUAUUACUUGGCCAUCAUUGGACACGGGCUCUCCAUUGCAUCACUUUUGAUUUCUCUGGGCAUAUUCUUUUAUUUUAAGAGCUUGAGUUGCCAGAGGAUCACCCUGCACAAAAAUCUGUUUUUCUCCUUUGUUUGCAACUCUGUUGUAACAAUAAUUUCACUGACGGCUGUUGCCAACAACCAGGAGUUGGUUGCUACGAAUCCAAUUAGUUGCAAAGUGUCACAGUUCAUCUACCUGUACCUGAUGGGUUGCAACUACUUUUGGAUGCUGUGUGAAGGCAUUUACCUGCACACUCUUAUCGUGGUGGCUGUUUUUGCUGAGAAACAGCACUUGAUGUGGUAUUACCUUCUUGGCUGGGGUUUCCCAUUGAUCCCUGCCUGCAUUCAUGCUGUUGCUAGAACUUUAUAUUAUAAUGACAAUUGUUGGAUCAGCUCUGAUACUCAUCUGCUGUACAUCAUCCACGGCCCUAUUUGCGCUGCUCUGCUGGUAAACCUUUUCUUCCUGCUAAACAUCGUUCGUGUUCUCAUCACCAAGCUCAAAGACACCCACAAGGCCGAAUCCAACCUGUACAUGAAAGCAGUGAGAGCCACCCUGAUUCUUGUGCCACUCCUUGGCAUCGAAUUUGUCCUGUUUCCAUGGCGACCAGAGGGCCGGAUUGCCGAGGAGGUGUAUGACUAUGUGAUGCACAUCCUCAUGCAUUACCAGGGUCUACUGGUGGCUACAAUUUUCUGCUUCUUUAAUGGUGAGGUCCAGGCUGUUUUGAGGAGACACUGGAACCAGUACCGAAUCCAGUUCGAGCACAGCUUCAGCCACUCGGAUGCCAUGCGCACAGCGUCCUACACCGUGUCCACCAUCAGCGACGUGCCGGGCUACAGCUACAACCACGACUGCACCAGCGAGCACCUCAACGGGAAGGGCUACCACGACAUGGAGAGCGUGGUUUUAAAGACUGAGAAGCUCUAUGGCUGAAC